AUGGCGGCGGCGGGAGGCGGCGGCGGCGGCGAGGGGGGCGCGGGCCUGGGCUGCGCGGCGGGGUCGGGGUCGGGGUCGGGGCCGGGGCUGGGGCUGCGCGGGUCCGGCCCCUCCGCGGAGACCUGCGAGGACGCCCGCGGCCCCGCGCCCUCCGCUCUGCACUCGGAGGAGGUGGCCGCGCGGCUGCAGCGGAUGCACCGGGAGCUGAGUAACCGCAGGAAAAUCCUGGUUAAAAACCUGCCCCAGGACAGCAACUGCCAGGAAGUUCAUGAUUUAUUACAAGACUAUGAGUUAAAGUAUUGUUAUGUGGACAGAAAUAAGCGAACAGCUUUCGUUACCUUAUUGAAUGGGGAACAAGCCCAGAAUGCAAUUCAGAUGUUUCAUCAAUAUUCUUUUCGAGGAAAAGACUUAAUAGUCCAACUCCAACCAACAGAUGCUUUGCUGUGUAUUACUAACUUGCCUGCUUCUUUUACAUUAGAAGAGUUUGAAGAACUUGUUCGUGCUUACGGAAAUAUCGAGAGAUGUUUUCUGGUCUACAGUGAGGUUACUGGCCAUUCCAAAGGCUACGGAUUUGUAGAAUACAUGAAAAAGGACUUUGCUGCAAAGGCCAGAUUGGAGCUAUUGGGCAGACAGCUGGGAGCGUCAGCCCUGUUUGCACAGUGGAUGGACGUUAACCUGCUAACUGCAGAGCUCAUUCAUUCCAAGUGCCUUUGUGUGGAUAAACUCCCUGCUGACUACAGGGACUCGGAGGAGCUGUUGCACCUGUUUUCCAGUAUCCAUAAACCUGUGUUUUGCCAGCUUGCACAGGAUGAAGGAAGUUAUGUGGGUGGCUUUGCAGUGGUUGAGUAUAACACUGCGGAGCAUGCUGAGGAGAUUCAGCAAGCAGCAGAUGGUAUGACCAUCAAGGGAAGCAAAGUCCAAGUUUCCUUCUGCGCCCCAGGAGCACCAGGGCGAAGUACGUUAGCAGCAUUGAUAGCAGCUCAACGUGUGAUGCACAGCAGUCAAAAGGGCUUACUCCCAGAGCCAAAUCCUGCACAGAUCAUGAAGAGUUUAAACAACCCUGCCAUGCUCCAAGUUCUUCUGCAGCCCCAGCUCUGCGGGCGAGCUGUGAAACCAGCAGUUCUUGGAACACCUCACAGCUUGCCACAUCUGAUGAGUCCAUCCAUCUCCCCUGCAUUUUUACAUUUGAAUAAAGCACAUCAGAGCUCACUUGUGGGUAAUACUUCUCGUUUGUUCCUUCAGAACCUCCCCCAUGUACCGCUGGCACAGCAGCAACUAAUGAAGUUUGAGAGUAUUCAUACCAAUAACAAGCCAGGCCUGCUGGGCGAAGCCCCAGCGAUGGUGCUUCAGACUGCAGUCGGGAUGGGGCCGGGGCUUCCCUUGAAAGCAGAGCUGGGGCACCACGGAGAAGCACAUAAAACAUCUAACCUGAUUCCAACACAAACAACUGUAACAGCGGGAAUAGGCAUGUUACCGUUCUUUCCAAAUCAGCACAUUGCUGGACAAGCUGGGCCGGGACAAGGGAAUACUCAGGAGAAACAGCCAGCCUCCGUGGGAAUACCAGAAGGAAAUUUCUCAGGGUCACAGGCUUAUCUUCAGAGCUUUCCAAACCUUACUGCUGGAGGUUUGCUGACAGGACACCAUAAACAACCACAAAGCCAGCCAAAAGGCACAGAGAUGAGUUCGGGGCCUGCCUCUCAGAAUCAGACUUCACUCCUGGGAGAACCGCCGAAAGAAAUCCGGCUCAGUAAAAACCCGUACUUGAACUUGGCGAGUGUGUUGCCCAGCGUGUGCUUAUCAUCCCCUGCAAGUAAAACCACUCUGCAGAAGACUGGAAUUGCAAGCAACAUCCUGGAUGCCCUAUCUCAGGGAAACGAACCACAGCACACGCUGGAGAAGUGCAUUGCUUACUCGCAGCCUUUCGGUGACUACGCACAGGUGUCAUCUUUAAGAAAUGAAAAGCGAGGCUCAUCUUAUCUCAUCUCUGCCCCAGAAGGUGGUGGUUCAGUGGAAUUUGUUGAGCAACACUCUCAGGGCACAGGAGCGUAUUACAUGGAGACCUACUUAAAAAAGAAGCGUGUGUACUGAGUUCGCCCCUUAUAUAACCUCGUAGGGUUCUUUGCAGUAUCUCUGCUGUUCAUCGCUGCCUUAACUACAUUCAUACUACCCAUAUCCUUUAAAUACGGGUUUAUAAUUCCCCAGAAGGAACUGUGUUGUGCAGCAGGCAAAAUUGCCAAAUGAAAAGUAAGUAGCAAUAAGAGGAGACAUCAGUUGAGGACAUUUUCCACCAGAAUUAAAUGCAUCUUAAUGUGAUAUUAACUUAUAGUCCAUUGCAGAAAUUAACAAUAUCCCUUGUUUUAGGACUGGGAAUAAUUUUGACACCACAUGUGAAACUUUGAAGCAAUAAAUAGGAAACAGUCCUGUUUCCUAGGCCUUAGAAGAAUGAAUUUCUUACAAGCCAUUGUGAAUUUCUAUUUACAUUCCCUAGAAGUAAUCUCAUUUAUAGAUUUUUAGAGCUUCUCCGUAGAACUGUAAGAAUACAAGUACAAAAUGCAGCAGUGGUAAUGUAAAAACAAAUGCUCUACGUGCAAACUAAAUUAUUCUCCCCACACCAGCCAUGUACUAGGUAUACACUACCACGGAGUCUUUACUUUUAUCUGUUAUUAACCAUUUAUGCCUUUUGUGAAGAAAAACAAGGUAUUUUAACAAAAGUAGCUUUGGUGAUCUAAUUUCAGGGGUUGGCAAACCGUACCCUGGGGUUAAAUUCAGUCCUCCACCUGUUUUUUGUACAGACUACAAGCUAAGAAUGUUUACAUUUUUAAAUGGUUGGCAGAAAAGUGAAAAUUUUAUGACUUUAAAAUUACAUGCAAUUCAGACGUGCCCACACACGCCACUUCACUGGAACACAGCCACACUCACUGGCGCGCAGUGUCGGAGGCCACCCUCGUGCUGCAGCGGCAGCGCCACGCGGCUGUGGCGGAGACGAGAGGGCUUCAGAUGCCAGUGGGUGUCCUUGCUGGCCCUUUUCAGCAAGUUCACUGACCCUGAUCUGACAGUACUAAUUGCCUAAUCCUUUUACUUCACCUACAGAAAGAACUUAACUUUUGCAGCUGAUUUAUAAGUGGCAAUGAACAUACGUUUCUGUCUCAUUUCAUGGCAUAAGAUAGUGAUGACCUGAUUACUACAACAGGGCCUAUUUUGGUCAUUAAAUGCAUUAUUUCCACAAUAUUAUAGUGAAGCAGUCAGUACUGCCCUUUCUGAAGGAAUCUUAAUGGAGUAACAGUAUUUAUAACCAUUUUAAGCUAAUAAGCUUUUACCUCACUCUCUGCUUUGUCUCUUACUCUUUUGUAGUAUGUUAGGCUAAAAAAUUGUUUAUAACUUUUGACCAUCACCAUUUCCUGAAGACUUUGGUAUUAAAUGCAUGAGAAACCUUUUGCCAUCUAGAAACAUAUGUAAAUUUGUUCCUUGUUAUGAGACUAUAAUUGAUGAUAAGGAGUUAAAGGGCCCCAAUGAUCAGUCUUUUUGAACUCAUAUCAUUAAAUAUCUUGUAAUUUGGGGGACUUAUUAUUUUUGACCAUGAUAAAAAAUAUCCUGUUUUAAUUAUGAAGUUAAAAAUUGGUGCACAUGUUGUAUGAUUUGUAAAGAAUAUUGGUCUGAUUUACUGCAUAUAUUAACCUCUUUUGGGGUUAGACAGCUAGAAAACUAAGACAAUUUCUAAGAAGCACACUAACUGAUCAGGAUAGGCCGCACUCGGUUAUGACUCAGCAGAUGAGUAAUGGCGUCUCCGCGCUCUGCACUUCCUCCUGUUUUCCUGUUGCAUUAAGCUUCCUCAAUGCUUAGUCACACCUCUGUGAUUAUACAGAUGAAUUUUAACUAAGAGCUGCAAAGUGAAAUUGGGAAGAGGUGAAAGAAAAGCUAUUUUGGAUUGCAGCCCACGUGGAUCUGCCACCUGUCCCGCCCUGUGCCCCAUUGUCAUUGGACGUAACAGAUAAGUAAUAAGGAUAAUCACCAACCCUCCCAAAGUCUAUAUUGUUAUUUUUCUAAGUAAACAAAUUGUUUGAAAUGCUUUGAAAAUGGAGUCUUAAUAUUAAAAGGCAUAUGCAUGUGAA